AUGGCUACGCCUUCGGCAGAGACGCCAUCUUCGUCCUCCUCAGCCGGCUCGAUUGAUAUAAAAGAGGACCUGGACUACAAGUCGGCGCCAUGGACAGGAUCACCCACGCUGGUGGAGGAAAUGCUGGACCAGUUGCUCUGGAACGAGCCGUAUAAGCUGGAGACGGAGGCGUAUGUGCUGUCGGAGUACAAGUCACGACCACAACAAGUCGAUGCGGAGAAAGGAAUAGCACAGAAGGGCGCGCCGCCUGGAGGGCCGCUUGGGGGACCACCUGGAGGACCACCUGGAGGACCGCCUGGUGGCGGGCCUGGCGGACCUCCUGGAUUACCUCCUUCGCAUCCGAUGCAUCCCUCACAAUUCCCUGAUGGUGGACUGAAAGCAUGGAUGACAGUGCUGGGAGGGUUCUGUUGCUUAUUCUGCUCCUUUGGCUGGAUCGGUGCCAUUGGUGUAUUCCAAGACUACUACAUGAUGCACACACUAAACUAUCUACCGCCGAGUACGGUUGCAUGGAUACCUUCGUUACAAGCCUUCAUGAUGUUCUUCGGAGGACCGAUCAUAGGAAAAUUCCUAGACAACUACGGACCUCGCUACGUUCUGCUCGUCGGCACCUUUCUCCACGUCUUUGGCCUGAUGAUGACCUCGCUCUCGAUAGAGUACUAUCAGUUUAUCCUGGCCCAGGGCAUCACAUCCGCUAUCGGCGCUUCUUGCAUAUUUUAUCCGGCCAUGUCAACCAGUAUAACCUGGUUCCUCAAGAGAAGAGCGCUGGCCCUCGGCGUCGUGGCUGCCGGUUCAUCCGUUGGAGGAGUAGUAUUUCCUAUUAUGGUUGACCACCUUAUCCGCCAGGUUGGCUUCCCUUGGGCUAUGCGCGCUUGCGCGUUCCUGAUCCUGGCACUCAUGGUUGUCGCGAACCUUACGGUCAGGUCCCGCAUUCCACCUAUGGCAAAGCCGUUCAACAUUAUGGACUUCGUUCGACCCUUCAAAGAGCUACCUCUCAUUCUCCUCACCGUUGGUGCCUUCUUGUUCUUCAUGGGUAUGUUCUUGCCGAUGAACUACCUCAUCAUCCAAGCGGUGCAGCAAGGGAUGUCACAGCGUCUCGCCGCCUAUCUCCUUCCCAUUUUGAAUGCUGUGAGUCUCUUCGGCCGUAUUAUCCCAGGCUACAUCGCCGACAAAAUCGGCCGCUUCAACGUAAUGAUCGUGCUCUGCUACUUCACGGCCAUCAUUGUUCUCGCUCUGUGGAUGCCCGCUACCUCCAAUGCCGGUAUCAUCGUCUUCGCCGCCUGUUAUGGUUUCGGCUCCGGAACCUUCGUGUCCAUGAUCCCCGCACUGAUCGCGCAGAUCACCCCCGAUGUCCGACAAAUCGGCGUGCGGACGGGGAGUGUUUUCGCCAUCAUUUCGAUCGCGGCCCUGACAAGCAACCCAGUCGGCGGCGCGCUGUAUGAGAUUUGGGGAAACAAAUUCACGGGUCUGCAGAUCUUCUGCGGCAUUACGCAGAUUGCGGGAUCGACUGCAAUUCUGGCGGCGAGGAUCGCGCUGAAGGGUGUCAAGAUUAAGGUGAAGGUGUAG